GCCAGCUACUUGGGCGGAAGGCACGCCUCUCAUCGACUAAGAAAUGGUACGUCAUCAGAGAGAAUGUCAGGAGGACAAUGCGUCAUUCCUUUCAAGAUGUUUCUUCAUGUGGGUCACUGAUCUCAUCAAGCUAGCAAACAGGAAGACACUCGAGACUUGUGACCUAUGGGACUUGCGUAAAGGUGAUGAUACACAAACCGUCACAAGAAGUCUGGAGAAGCAGUGGUAUGAGCAACAAAAGAAUCCCAGGCCUUCCAUCGCAGCUGUCAUUUGGAAGACCUGCUGGAAACCAUUUCUCUCUGCAUGCAUUUUGAAAUUGCUCAGUGAUGCUUGCCAACUGUCGAGCCCCGUACUGGUCCAGAAGAUCAUCAACCUUGUUCAGGCCAAGAACACGUCAAGGUCCGUUGGGCUGUCGUAUGGGGCCUUGUUUCUUUCUAUAUCCAUUGCGCAAACGGUUACCGUGCACAUUUACUAUCAAAUGUUAUAUCGCAUCACAUCACGGGUCCGCGCGAGCAUGGUGUGCUUGGUUUACAAGAAGGCAACGCGAAUCUCAACGGCAGAAAGCAAAGGGGCCAGCACUGGGGAAAUAAUGAAUCUGCAAAGCAACGAUGUCGAAAAGGUUCGAAACGCAGUUCUCUACAUUAACUAUCUAUGGGAUGGGCCACUGCAGAUUUUUGUAGCACUUGCUAUGCUGGUGAACAUCAUUGGUCCAUGGCCAGCUGUUUCGGGAUUCGCAGUAUUGGUAUUGAUGAUUCCAGCACAGGCCUUUGUGAUGAGCUGGUUGUCGAGUGUGCGCAUGAAGCUGAUUACGCACACAGAUGAGCGAGUGAAGCUAAUCACAGAGAUCAUUCAAGGCAUCAAGGCAGUGAAACUUUACGCCGGAGAGGAGCAAUUCAUUGAACAAGUAAACAAGAUCCGCGAGAAGGAGCUACAACAUAUUUGGAAAACCCGCUGCAUUGACGUUCUCAGCAGCUUUGCUUGGGGGCUCGGUCCGACACUCGUUUCCCUGAUGAGCUUUGGCGUCUACACGAUACUGGGAAACCAACUCACUGCUGAAGUCGCUUUCCCGGCACUAACGCUCUUCAACCUUAUCAGGUUCCCACUUGUGGCCAUCCCCUACCAGAUUAAUUCUCUUGUCCAGGCAAACGUGUCAACAAGGAGGUUGGAGAAGUUCUUGGCUCUGCCAGAGCUCAUUCCUGUGCAGUCGUCUACCUUCGAUUCCACAACAGGAAGUAUAACCGUCACUGAAGCUGAUUUUACGUGGCAUCCAGCGGAAUCGGAUAAUGUGGCACCUCCUACCUUGUCCAAAAUCAAUCUCCAAGUUUCCCCAGGACACCUUGUCAUCGUAAUUGGCGAGGUUGGGGCAGGUAAGUCAUCGUUGCUUGCAGCUAUACUCGGCGAGAUGCGGAAGCUGUCGCUAGGUAGCUAUGUUUCCGUGUCUGGGUCUAUGGCGUACACCGCACAGGACCCAUGGAUUCAGAAUGCUACGGUGCAGGAAAACAUUCUGAUGGGAAAUCAGUUAGACGAGGAAAAGUAUAACCAAGUCAUCAAUGCCUGUGCUCUGGUAGAAGAUCUGGGAAUGCUUCAAGGAGGAGAUCAAGCGGAAAUUGGAGAGAAAGGCAUAAACUUGUCAGGAGGGCAGAAACACCGCGUGGCACUGGCGAGGGCUGUUUAUGCCAGUGCUGACAUCUACCUUCUUGACGACCCGCUGAGUGCAGUGGACACUCAUGUUGGACGCCAUCUCUUUGACCAUUGCAUCUGUGGGCUACUAGCCCAGAAGACACGCAUCCUAGUAACGCACCAACUCCAGUUUGUCGAUGCGGCCGAUGCGAUUGUUGUUAUGCAACAAGGGACGAUUACAGACGUUGGGACUUACCUGGAGCUAAGGCAGAGGGGAAUCAAUUUUGCCAUGUUUGAGGAACAUGAAGAUGGCAGUCAUGCAGACAGUGCUGCCAACCCAUCACUGGGUCAGACGUCUGAUCAGCUCUGGCAAUCGACAUCGGAGUUGUCACUGUCUGGUCUGGAUGCUCUGUACGUUCCCGACUCUGCUGGGAGCCCAAAGUCUUCUCAAACGUAUCUCCAUCAGACUUCACUGAACCAAUCCAAUCCUGUGUACGAGGGGGAAGAUAGACCUGCAGGUAUGCCAACCAAUCACACAGGCCGCAUGGGAUGGCAUGGGAACCAUGGCCAAGGAAGCGGCAAGGACAAAUGGACUGGUCAGAGUGAUGGAGUAGAGGACGCUGGCAGCAAAGCUCCCAAUGAUGAUGCCAGUGACGUUGAGGAGGAGAAGGAGGAAGCUGUAGGGCAGGGGCUGAAUGCACCUCUCUUAACAGCUAAGGGAAAGGAACGUUCCCAUAGCCGGAAGUCUGAACGAAGGCAGGGGAGUGGGGAGGUGGAGGUGAACAGGCAGGUGGGAAAAGAAGUCGACAGGGAGAAGAAGAGGGUAAAGGGUAUGCUGGUGAAAAGCGAGCAUCGAUCAGAAGGAAAUGUUCAGAGGGAAGUCUACUUGAAAUACAUCAGGGCCUGGGGUCGCUGGUACUGGGUGCCUGUUUUGGUUCUGGUUGCAUAUGUGAUUGCACAAUCUGUGAAGCUUGCAAAUGACUCAUGGUUGGCUGUCUGGUCCGGAAACAUAAAAGAGCAUCCAGACGCUGAUCAGUAUUAUUUGCGAGUGUACGGAAUCACUGCGGGUGUGGCAAUGGUCCUCGUCACGGCGCGAUGGGUCAUUCUCAGUUUUGGAGUUUGGAAUGCAGCUCGGAACCUGCAUAUGCAGCUCCUCGAACACUGCAUGCGCCUGCCGAUGUCCUUCUUCGACACCCAGCCAACAGGACGUCUGACCAACCGGUUCACAAAAGAUACAGAGCAGAUGGAUCUGGCAUUACCCAACACAAUCGAGAGCUACUUGGAGUGCUUCUUCCAGACAAUCUUUGCAUUAUUGCUCAUCGUAAUCAUAACACGUGCCUUCAUCCUCCCCCUCAUCCUCCUCGUUUGGCUUUACAAGCGGAUCGAAGCAUACUACCUACACGCCUCACGUGAACUGAAAAGGUUGGAUGCUUUGCUGCACAGCCCCAUAUUCUCACACUUUGCGGAGACCAUUCGCGGGCUUUCAACUAUCCGCGCGUUCUGCAAACAGGAGGCAUUUGUGCAGUUGAACUAUUCGCAAGUGAACGAUAGCAGCCGGGCAUACCUUGCAAGCAUUUCAGUUAAUCGGUGGUUGGGAGUGCGUCUCGAACUCAUCGGAGCAGCUUUGGUGUCCAGUGUUGCUUUCAUCAGUUUCCUCGGCCUGGGCACGGGUGCUGGUGCUGUAGGUCUUGCCCUGACGUCAGCUCUCAGCAUCAGCAAUGUGAUGAACUGGAUGGUCAGGGUGAGUGCGGAAAUGGAAACGAGUAUGAACUCGGUUGAGAGAAUAUUGGAGUACACAUCUCUGGAGACGGAGGCACCUGCCAUCGUUCCCGAGAACCGACCACCUCAUGAUUGGCCGCAGCGUGGCACAAUUGAGGCUGUUGAUGUGUGGGUGCGCUAUCGCCCCGAGCUUGACCCUGUACUUAAGGGAUUGACGUUCACUGUUCAAGGGGGGGAGAAAAUCGGGGCCUGUGGAAGAACAGGUUGUGGAAAGAGUACGUUGACGAUGGCUCUGUACCGCAUUGUGGAGCUGUGCCGUGGCAAAUUUUUUAUUGACGGAAUCGAUGUGUCAAAGAUCGGUCUCAAGGAUCUGCGGUCCAAAUUGGCUUUGGUGCCGCAGGACCCAGUUAUCUUUUCUGGAACAGUACGCAUGAACCUGGAUCCACUUGGAGACGCAGGCAGCGACUCACAGCUCUGGGAAGCCCUCCGUAAAUCUGGCAUGGCCGCUGCUGUGAGUGCACUGCCCGGUAAACUCGAUGCAGAAGUGACUGAGGCUGGGCAGAACUUCAGCGUCGGGCAAAGGCAAUUGCUGUGCAUGGGACGGGCACUGUUGCGGAACUCCCGUAUUCUUGUGCUGGAUGAGGCAACAUCGAAUGUCGACAGCUUAACAGACUCAAUAAUUCAGACAACCAUCAGGGAAUCUUUCCGCCACUGCACAGUCCUAACGAUUGCUCACCGUCUUCACACAAUCAUCGACAGCGACAGAGUCCUCUUACUGGAGAAAGGGGAGCUUCUGGAAUUUGAUGCUCCAGCCAAACUGCUCGAAAACGAGAGUAGCAUGUUCACCUCCUUUGUGAACAGAACACUUCCAAGAGAGUCAUGGGCACUGCGCCGAGCUGCUUUGGCCAAGGCUGCUUCCCCUCCUUCAGUGAACGCCUUUCAGCACUAAAUGAUGCUGAAAGCUAUUAGCGAGCAGGUCGUGGGAACACCCCCGCCACCAGAGCUC